AUGCUGCUAAUUGGCUUGCUGCUGCAGCCUUGUGGCGCAGCAGCAGCAGCAGCAGCAGCAGCAGGAGCGCAGGUGUCUGCAGGGCAGCAGCAGAAACACCCCAGUUGGGUUCCAGUGGAGGCAUCGCCUCACUUGCAGCCCCAUCGCAGGUUUUUAAUUCGAUAUAUUGGUAGGGAUGUGCAGCAGCAGCUGCAGCAGCAGCAGCAGCAGCAGCAUCAGCAGCAGCAACAGCAGCAGCAGCAACGGCAGCAACAGCAGCAGCAGAGUGUAGCAGCUUGCUUUGCACUGGUUAAAGAGGCGCCUCUUCCUGUAGGAGCAGCAGCAGGAAAGGGUCGGGUGUAUAUGCAGCAGCAGCAGCAGCAGCAGCAGCAGCAAAUGCAGCAGCAAGCCUUGCGCCCCGCGCCUGUCUUCCGUUAUGUGGCGCUACGCAAAAGCAGCAGCAGCCGCAGCGGCAUCAACAGCAGUAGAGGCAGCAACUGGUGCUGCAGCAGCAGCAGCAACAGCAGCAGCAACGGCAACAGCAGCAGCAGCAGCAACAGCAGCAACAGCAGCACAAAUGUUUACUAUGGAGAUCUAGCCCUGGAGAUGGCUACAGCAAGAGCACGCGAAGCAACUCAGGAAGCUGCAGCAGCGGCAGCAGCAGCAGAAUCUGUUGCAGCAGCAGCAGCAGCAGCAGUUUGCGCAGCAACUGCAAUGGCUGGCGUGGCUGCGGGAGCAACAGCAGCAGCAGCAGCAGCUAGCCUAAACUACCCCUUGCACUUUGCAGGCAGCAGUAACAGCAGCAGCAGCAGCAGCAGCAGCAGCAGAAGCAGGAGGGGCCACAGCAGCAGUAGCAGCAGCAGCGAUUUGCUGUUUGCUUCUGCUUUGGAGAGCCCUACAAGAGCUGCUGCAGCAACAGAGGUAUAG